CGCGGAAUCCGUCAUUUAGAUUAAAUUGUAAACAUGAAAAGUCGCUGGAAAGUGGUUCUACUUUGCCACCUGGUCUUGGUCAUCAAAUCUAUAGAUGGUGGCUAUGUGAACAUGGCACAGGGCAGGUCACCUGAGCAAUCUUCAAGCUACUACCAGUUUGAUACCAGCUACAAUAAGAUAGAAUCUGCUUACAAUGCCUUCAGAGCAAAUGAUCUUAACGUUGCAACAUGUUCCCAGACCAAUGCAGAUGAUGGUCCCUACUGGAGGGUUCCGCUGGAUGGAAGUCAUCAGAUUAAUAAUAUUGAGAUUACUACACAAGCAAAAGAUCCAUUAUUUGAUGCUCAAAAUGGAACUUGUACAGGGCCUACAAUAAAUGAUUUGACAACAAAUGGACAAUUUGACUUCUCAACCUGCCUGGAAGGAUGCAGGGGUAGAGAUGAUUGUAAAGGAUUCCAGAUUGCUAUGGAACCUGCUAGUGAUGGAAUAAAGGGAUGUUAUGCAUUCAGUAGCAUGAAUUGUGGUACUACAGCUCAGCCUGACUCUAAAGGAAGAGGCAAUCGCUACACAUACUUCAAACAAGCAUCAAGCUCAAGUGUAGAAUAUAAGAUCUAUGUGGGAAGUGAUCAGGACUACAAUCAGAAUGCUCUAUGUAGAACAGAAACUUUACCAAACAAAGAAACCCGAGUAGUACAAUGUGACAGUAACUUAGAGGGAAACUGGGUGAUCAUCAGGAGAGGAGGAGGUCCUAAAACUAUACUGUCUCUGUGUGAAGUGAAGAUAAAUGAGAGAAACUGGGUGAUCAUCAGAAGGGGAGUUACAAACUCUAAAACUAUACUGUCUCUGUGUGAGGUGAAGAUAAAUGUGUGUGAAAAGGGAUACUUUGGCUCCACAUGUGCCUCCCGGUGUCAUUGUAAGGACAGUUCAGAGCAUUGUGACAAGUGGACAGGAGUCUGUACAUCUGGCUGUGCUGCUGGGUGGAAGGGCACAGGGUGUGACCAAGCAUGUGACGCAGGUACAUUUGGAAGUGGAUGUGACAAGACAUGUCAUUGUAAGAACAAUGAUGUAUGUGACAAAGCAACUGGAGAAUGUAGCAAUGGUUGUGGUGCAGGAUGGACAGAUGAUGCAGACAAUGGACCUUGUCAGAGAGCAUGCUCCAGUGGUUACUGGGGAGACAACUGUGAGCAAAGGUGUGAUGAUGGAUGCUCAGGGGGCACAUGUGAUAGAUUUGAUGGCUCUUGUGGUUGUGCAGAUUACUACUUAGGUGCUCUAUGUGAUAUAUAUCUGCCUGUUAUGACAAAGCCACCAGUGUUAGCUGAAGGAAGUGUUACAUCUGAUUCAAUCAGUGUAACAUUCAACCAGUGGACAUCAGGAGUGGAUGCAGGUGAUGCAGACAAAGUCACUAUAAAGCAUUACAUUGUACAGUACUGUGAUGUACCUCGUGUGGGGGACAUAUGCACCGAUGGACCUAAGGUGGACCAUAUAAGAGAAGGCAAUACAAAUACAACGGUUGUUACUGGCCUUGCUACUAAUAAGGCCUAUGCAUUCAGGGUUGUGAUUUACUCUGAGUAUAAAGGUCAGCUUUACCAAGGGAGACCAGGACCAAGAGGAGCUGAAGGAACAACCCUAUGUGGAGCUCCCACAGAAGGAUGCAAUAUAACAGACAGUGUUUCAGCUAGUGAAAGUCCAAAAACUUCUGUCAAGCUCACUUGGACUUAUCCCCCUAUGGACACAUGGGGCUGUAACAGUCUGACUAAAGUAGAGAUCCUAUACAAGAGAGAAGAAGACACUGUUUGGAGUGCUAUGCAAAUGGAAGACACAAAAACUCCUGAAUAUACCAUCCCAGCUCUAGAUUUCUUCACCACAUAUGUAUUCAAGAUCAGAAUUACAAAUGAUGAUGAUUACAGUGUAAACAGCAGUGUUGGAGAACUUAGAACUCAAGAAGGGGUUCCAAGCGCCCCGAGGAAUCUCAAACGUUUGUCACAUGGCAGUGACUAUAUAAGAUUAGAGUAUGAAGAACCUCUUGAGAAGAAUGGUAUCAUCACCAACUACACGGCCAAGUGUGAGGAUCAGUCCUCAGAUUUCCAACGAUCAAGUACAGUGGACAGCUCAACUUUGGAAAUAAGAGUUGACAACCUUGAAUCUGAAAGCAACUACUCUUGCUUUGUUAGUGCAUCUACAAGUAUUGGACCGGGGCCUGCAUCUAAUCCAAUCACACAGAAAACAAUGAAAAAACCUCCUCCUGCGAUCCCAAAGGAUGAUAUGAAAGUUAAAGUUGGUGAUGGUAACAAGGAAUCUAUGAACGGAAUGGUAGACAUCACAUUUAAAGAGGGUGCUAUGUACACACAAGGGAUUGACCAACCAGAUCUUAUAAGAUUUAUAGUUGUAAAAAUUCCAAAUAGAAGGAAAAAACGAUCAAGUGAAGAAAUGUAUGACACAGCACUGACGUAUGAGCAAGCCAAAGCACAGAAUAUAGAUCAGUAUGUUGCUGCGGAUGUGCUCCCGAGUAUGAUCGCGGAAAAGAAUGAGUUCACGAUAGGAGAUAACAGGAAUUACAAUGGCUUUAAUAACAGACAUCUUGACCCUGGAGAAACAUAUGAAUUCCAUAUUGGGACUAUGUACAAAGAUGGAGAGAAUGUCAUAGGGAACUACACUAAUGCUGGCAGAGCUUCAGUAUCCACUGAGGCUAAGAUUCAGUCAUCGCACCAAGCUACAGAAGAUGCUUUGGGAGCUGCUAUUGUUGGAAUCGUCAUUGCGGCUGUUGUUGUCCUCAUUGUUAUACUUCUCCUUGUUUACUUCCUCGUGGAGAGAAAAAGAAAAGAAAGAAAUACCAAGAAUGUCAAAACAUUGAACGUCCAUCAGAGGGACUCAAUGCAUGGAGCCAACAGACACGCAAGCAUUGAGAUGCCAGAAAUGCAUGAAACGCAAGAGUCAAGGACAAAUGGCAGACUAACUGCGCAUGAUGCCAAUGGCAAACAUAACUCUGCCAUGUCAGGCAUUGACAAUCCCACCUUUGUUAAAGAGGACGUUUCAAGGCAACCCAGUAACAGAAGUGGAAUCAGUAACAAAAGUGGGGUCAGCGUCACCAGCGUUGGGAGUGAUGCCAGCGCCAUAAGACGAGAGAAUCAUGACAUUCCAGUUGAAGAACUCUGGGAGUAUAUCAAACACAAGAAGGAGAAUAAAGCUGAACUCUUUGAGAAGGAGUAUAAUAGCAUACCCUUUGACCUAACUGAGCCUACAGAAGUGGCAUCACGGGAUGUAAACAAAAACAAAAACAGAUUUAUUAACAUUAUAGCAUAUGACCACAGUAGAGUCAUCCUUGAACAGGAAGAUGACGAUCCUGACUCUGAUUAUGUGAAUGCUAGUUACAUCAAGGGCUACGAAGGCAACACUGGAUAUAUUGCUUCACAGGGGCCUAAUAAGUACACAGCUAUUGACAUGUGGAGACUUGUAUGGCAGGAGAACUGCAAUAGGAUCGUCAUGGUUACCAACUUAGUAGAGAAUGGGAAGAAAAAGUGUGAGCAGUAUUGGCCAGAUGAUGGUUCUCUUGAGUAUGGCGAAUUCACUGUGGAACUAGCUGAAACACAACAACUCUCAGACUUUAUCAUAAGGACAUUUGCUAUUUCUAAAAGAGGUGGGACAGCUAGACACGUUCACCACUUCCUGUUUACGUCAUGGCCGGACCAUGGUGUGCCAAAUGCCACGUCACUGCUGGGUCUGCGACGUAAAGUAAAUUCAUAUGCUGAACAUAACAAGGGCAGAUUACUGGUACAUUGCAGUGCUGGUGUUGGAAGGACUGGCUCCUAUAUUACUGUAGACAAGUGUAUUCACACAGCUAAGAGGACAGGGAUCGUUAAUGUAUAUGACACAGUCCUAAAUAUGAGAGCUGACAGAGUAAAGAUGGUGCAGACAUUGGAGCAAUAUAUAUUUGUGCAUGAUGCAUUGGUUGAGGCAUUGAUCUGUGGGGAGACAAACAUUCCAUGUUCAGAAUUCCAGGAGACUUAUCAACAACUGUGUGAAAUAGAUGCCACCACAGGGAAGUCUCAGUUACAGCGCCAGUAUGAGAUUUUAAACCAGAUGAGAACUGAGGUUGAACCCGAGAAGAUCAGCAAUGCUACAGAACCCAGGAACAAAGAGAAGAACAGAGACAUGUCUGUGUUACCAGCUAACUUAUACCGGCCUUACCUAAUCACAAUGGUGGAUGGUGGAACAGACUACAUCAAUGCUGUAUACUUAGAUGGCUACAAACAAAAGAAUGCCUACAUUAUAACCCAACAUCCCAUGCCUCACACAGUGACAGACUUCUGGAGACUCAUACAUGAUCACCAUGUACACAGUAUAGUCAUGCUGAAUGAACUCACAUAUGACUCAGAGAACUGUGCUAAGUACUGGCCAGAUGAUGAACAGACUUACGAGAUCUUCCAAGUAAAGUUGUUGAAUGAGGACUCCACUAAUGCUAAUGUGACAGAGAGACAAUUCAAACUUUCUUGCAGUAAAAGAGUUGACGAAGAGCCCAGGGACAUCAAACAGUUUGACUUUCAGUGCUGGCCCAAUGACAAAAGCCUCCCAACAUCCAACAUGUCUCUCCUUGGCUUGUUUGAUGAUGUUGAGAAGUGGCAGCAGAAGACCCAGAAUGGACCCAUAGUUAUUCACUGUGUGAAUGGGUCCCAGUUCAGUGGUGUCUAUGCAGCAUUGAACUGUAUAAGAGAAAAGAUGAAGAUAGAACAGGAAAUAGACAUCUUCCAGACAGUGAAGCAUAUGAGGAACCAUAGACCAGAGAUCAUCACUGAUGUUGAGCAGUACAAGUUCCUGUAUGACAUGUCCCAGUUCUACAUGGAGUCUUUCAGCACUUAUGCCAACUUCUCCAUAUAGCACCAUAUUAGGAAGAAAGGAUGAAGCUCCAUAUAAGGAAUUGAAGACAAACCAUGAAGACAGGCCAUGUUUUGAUAUAACAAUGUAUAUUAAAAUGAAGGAUCAAUAGCAAUGAACAAAACAAUCAGACGCUCAAAAAUCAUAUUGAAAUAUAUGUUCUUAUCACAUAUCAUGAUUCAAAUCUAAGGAGAAAUGACUGGGUUUAAACUUGGCCAAUUGAACUUAAAAGGGUAAUACUCAAAGUACCAUUGACUGAAGUGUUGAACACUUAAUCAUUGAACACAUUUCAAAUAUCUCUACAUACUUACUGGACAAAGAUGUGCCUGCAACUCAGCUUUUAGAGAAAUAUACGAGACUCAUAUUUAUAUCAAUCAUGCUUUAUUAAGAAUUAUCGGCAUUAUCAAUACGUGACAACGUAGGAAGCAUAAUCUGCUUAUUUAGGCACUUAUUGAAUUGAAUACGGUGACUUUGAAUCUCAAAAUCAGGUUUUUAUAGGAGGGGAAUUAGCAAGAAAUGAAAGGAACAGAGACAAUGUAUGUCUUGAUGUGAAUUUGAUGCAUUCACGGGCAUAGCAUCCUUUAUGGAAUAUGCAUAGCAGAGAAUUUGAAAAUAACUUCCAGUCUGAUUUUUUAAGUAAUUCAGGUAUUAGAAAUGCUCAGAUUGCGGCGAAAGUAUCAACAUUUUCUAGGAAUGGGUAGGGAACUGCUUAUGGACCCCCCUGUGGGCCAGCCUUUGGCAUCCCAUUCUCUGGGGGUAUAACUUCAAAUAUAAUGCUACGCCCGUGUCAUUGUAUGCAAGUAUACAAGAAGUGCCAGGGGGAAAUUAUCCAGAAUUAUGAAAUUAAGAGAAUAGAGUGAAGUAAGGCGGAGGGGGAGGGGAGCAUUAGAUCGUGCGGAAUCUAACUGAUUCCAAAACUUAAUUCCAUAAUGUACGGAAUGGACUUGACUUGAUAGUUAUCACCUAUAUAACCUUCACUGGUAUUGUUACACUGUUGAAUUCACCAUGUUUGUUAGGCUUUGUAUAAAAAACCUCCU